GUUGGUAUUAGCGAUCUAUAGUUGAAGGUUGUAAACAAGGUAGGCAGUUUGGAGGUCAAUACAUUUCCUUCCUAAAACUUCUUCUCCUUCUUCCCUUCUUUCUGUCUCCAUUUCUUGUUAUGAGUGGUUUCUUUUACUAGCUCAAUCACAAGAAUUGGUAUCAGAGUUGGAGGAGCAUCACUGUGCAGAGCAAUGGUGAUUGGUGACAAUGAAGAAUAAAUAUGUAAUACCCCAAGAAUUUGAGGGGAAAUUUAAAUCUAUGAUCUACAUCGUUAAGAAAGUCCCUAGAUAGUUUAUCGUGUUGAGUUUGGUGUUUUGGACUAAGGAUGAGUCCAAGCGUGCAAGAAAAGGAGCAAAAAUUGAGGAGCUGCACAACAUGUCUGACUUAAAUUUUCUAGAGGAGCUGCAGGUGUGUGCGCACGGUAACACGCACGACCAUGAGUGUAACUGAGACCCGGGCCAUGGUGAUUGGUGACAAUGAAGAAGAAAUAGGUAAUGCCCCAAGAAUUUGAGGGGAAAUUCAAAUCUAUGAUCCACAUCAUUUAGAAGGUCUAUAAAUAGUUUAUCGUGUUGGGUUUGGUGUUUAUGACCAAGGGUGGGUCCAAGCAUGGAAGAAAAGGGGCAAAAAUUGAGAGGCUUCGGGCAUAUGUGUGCCUUAUAAUUUUUGGAGCUACAGGUGUGUGUGUACAGUAACACGCACGACAUGCGCAUGAGUAUGCGUGUGACCGAGACGCGAGGCUAUUUUGGCCCAGUUUGGCCAAAUUUCGAGUUGUCGGUAUAAAUAACCGCUCUCUACAAAUUUCCCUUGGUCUUAAAAUCCUAAGGCCGACUUCCUAUACCAGUUUUCUUCAAGAUAAUCAUUCAUAAUCAAUCCAAAGGCGGAUUUUGAAGUUAAGAAAGCGCUAAUUCGAUUUAUUCUUCUGGUAAGUGCAAUUCUGCCGAUUUCUUCUGUUUUCUUCGAUUUGAAGAAUACCUAAGUCCAAAGGCUAUAAUACUAUAUUUGUGGUAGUUGACCGAUACACCAAAUAUGCCCACUUUGUAGCCUUGAAUCACCCUUUCUCUACCUGUAUGGUAGUUGCAGCUUUUAUCAACAUUGUAUGCAAAUUCUACGGUUUACCCGAAUAUAUCAUAUAUGAUCGAGAUAAGGUAUUUAUAUCAGCCUAUUUAGGAAAUAUCUAUUCAAAUCUUUGGGGAGUACAACAUCAUUUAAGUACGGCCUAUCAUCCAUAGACAGAUGGGCAAAUAGAAGGAUGAACCAAUGCCUAGAAAAUUAUAUUAGAUGCAUGAGUGAAAGGAUUUUUAAGGUUCAGAGCAAAUGGCUUCCCUUGGUUCAUUGGUGGUACAACAAUUGUUAUCACACAACAAUUGGGAUGAGUCAUUUUGAGGCUCUUUUUUUGUUAUAAACCACCCAUGAUGGAGAUAGGAUCAUAUGGAGAGAUGUCAGUUGUGCGGGUCGAAUAUGAAUUGGCUCUUAAAAACUGAAACACAAGCUCCAACUAUCUAAACAUAAGAUGAAACAAUUGGCUGACAUACAUAGGCAGGAGCCAAAGAGAAUGUGCAGUAGGGGAUUGGAUUUAUUUGAAACUCAGGAAGUCCCCUUUAUGAAAACUAAGUCCUAAGUAUUGUGGACCUUUUCGCAUUAUUGAAAAAAUAGGAGCCGUGGCCUACAAAUUGAAACUGCCUACAAAUUGAAACUAACUGAAAGGAGUAAAAUACAUCCAGUUUUCCAUGUGUCCUUAUUAAAAAAAGGUAUGUAUGGCUGAUAGAGUUACCAACAACAUUCCUGCCAUGAAUGAAGAAGGUGACACUUUGUUGGUUCCUGCUAAAAUUUUAGCCAGGACUAUUAAAAGGACAUUGGUGCUACUGUUCAGUUAUUAAUUAGGUGGGAGCAUUUACAGUCAGAUAAAGCUACCUGGGAACACUAUGACAAAAUAAUAAAGUAGUUUCCUAAGGUUAAAGGUUAGGGACAAGCUCCAAAGGAAGGGAUGGGCAAUGUCAAGAUUAAAUAUACUUCAUUUUUUACGACGUGUAAUAAAUAAGAUGGUGACUCCCCAUCAUCUCAUCUAGAAAUGAUCAAAUGAUGGGUUAGAAAUGGUUUGAUAGUUAGUUGUCAAAAUACUAGCGUAUAGUUGAGGGUUGUUUACGGAGAAGGCAACUUUGUUAGGGUUGGUUUGCAAUUGCUUUUAAAAAAGCACUUCUCAACUUCUGACUUUUAAAAAGCACUUAUUUUCCCAAACACUAUAACUUUUAUUUUUCUCGGCUUUCGCGUCAAAAGUGCUUUUACUUUUUCUAUUACACAAAAAGCACUUAUUUUACCAAACACUACCCACUUUUACUUUUCAAAAUCACUUUUUCUCAAACACUAUCAACUUUUAUUUAAUCACUUCUCCCCAUUUCAUUUAAAUAAGCACUUUUUAAAAGCAGAAGCUGUUGCAAACAGACCCUUAGACCGUUCGGCCGGUCUUCCUUUAAGAAGUAGGGUUUACUAUUAUUAUGUUCUAUGUUAAAUGGUUGAAUUCAUUUGCUACGUUCAUUAAUUAAUACUCUCUUCGUCCCAUUUAUAUUGUCCCAGUUCAUAUUUACUUGGUCAACAUAAAUCACUCUUAAUUUCUUACUUUAUAUAUAAAAAACUUAUCAAAUUUGAUUCAGGGUUUUGCGACUUUGUAAAGCUUUAAAUGUAAUUUCUGAAUAUGUAAUUUUUUUCCCUAAAAGUAAUUUGAGUGCGGACAGGGGUCUGUUUACUUUAUUGUCGGUCAAACAUCGUAAACCGUAAAGAGACAAUAUAAAUGGGACGGAGGUAGAAUUUAGAUUAAGAGUUCCUUUGGUGAUUCAUAUUUUCGGCUUAUUAGACUUAUCAUUCAAAUUUUUCGUGGGAUAAGGGUCAAAUUGGACACUAUGAUUACAUGUAAAUCUCAUAUUGGACACUAAGGUUUCAAAUGGACCAAAUUGGAUAAUAUGGUUAUAUGUGUAUCUCAUAUUGGACACUAAAAUUUGAAAUGGGUCAAAUUUAACGUUUUUCUGAUCAUUUUUCACAUUUGAAAGUUAUAAGUAUUCAUUUUUCCCUUUGUUUAUUUUAUGGAAUUUUUCCCUUUGUUUUAUGUACCUAAAAAGUAAAAAUAACUUAAUUCGUGUAUUCAGAUUUAGAAUAUAUAAUUAGAUGUUCCGAUUAAGAAUAUCUAUUACGGAGUAUAAUGUAAUUGAAGUCUUUAAUAUUGUUAAAUCAAUUAACUAACCAUUAUUCCCCAAAGUCCCAUAAAAAUUAUAAGAAUGAAAAGUCCUAAAUAUAUUUUUAACUUGUUAAAUAUUAGAAGUUAUUAAUUAAAUCAAAUUAUAUAUUCUAAAGCCUCAAAUUAAAUAUUCCAAAAUUAUAUACAUAAAUUAAAUUAGUUUAUUAACACAAAAAGGAAAGGAAAAAUUAGACUAACAAUUUUUAUUAAAGGAAGAAGAGAAUCAUAAAUGAGUUUCCAAAAACAAGGAAUUAUGAAACCUUGGUGGUUAAUAUGAGAUUCACAUGUAACUAUAGUGUCCGGUUUGGUCCAUUUGAAACAUUAGUGGCCAGUAUGAGAUUGACAUGUAUCCAUAAUGUCUAAUUCGACCCUUAUCCCAUUUUUUCGCCAAACACAUAACUUUUGAUCUUGUGUGUUGAGUUGGGGUAGUAAUCAAAAUAAUAUUAUGGCUAAAUUGAUUGAAGUUAUUGUAGAGGAUGAUUUUAUCUAUUUUUCAUAUAUUUUUAUUUUAUUUUAUUAAAUAAAUAUAUUUUAAGUAUAAUGAUUUCAUAAUUCAGCAAGAAGAAGUCAGAACUUAAUCAAUUUCAACGGAAUGAGCCCAUCAUCCAAUUUCAGUGUUAGCAACCGGACUUUAACAAUAAAAGUCUGUACAAAACUUGUCAUUUUAAAAACAUAUAUUAAAACUAGCGUUUGAUCGCGCAAGGCGCGAGAAUAUUUGCCCAAUGUUAAAGUCAUACUCUUUUUAUGAGAGAUUAUUAUAUAUGAGAUUGCUAUGAGGAUUUUUAAAUAAUGUAUAUAAUUAUCCUAAACUUUUGAUUAAUUGUUUCAUCAAUUAUAUGUUCAACUCACCAACUACUGCGUGAAAAUUCUGCCUAUAUUUUCUAAAGCUAUGUUAUUUUAUUGAAUUGGCCAAAUAUUUUGGUUUAAUUAUGAAAUAAUUGUAGUGAUAACAAGAUUUUAUAAUGAAUUGUGUCGACCGUGUUAUUGAACACACUAAAUUAUGUGAAUAUUGGGCUAUUAUAUGUAAGUGUAGAUGUUGAGUGUAGAAAUAAAAAAAAUCAAAUUAUCGGUGCUCAACAAGCAAGGAGAUAUCUAGUAUAGGACUGGUUGGGAGAUAAAAUUGAUAUAAUAAAAGUAGGGGUUUUGGAACAAGCUCUUAAAUUGUGCGAUUAAGAUGUACUCCAUGUUUUAUAUUUGGGGAAAAGAAUUUAAAUAUCCUAAAUUUUGAAUAUGUGUGAGAUGAGUACCCCAAACUUUCACAUGUAAUAUAUAUACCCCAAACUUUAUAUAAAAAGUUAUGUUAGCAUCAUGAGUAUAUAUCUUAUCACAUAUGUAAUUUUAUGGUGUUAAUUACAUAAUUUAAAAUACACAAAACAUUUAUGAGAAUACAGUUAAAAUUAAAUUGUAAUGGAUGUAAUAUUAUUUAGGGAAAAAAGUAUGGAAAAAGUAUUUGUCGCUGGGCCCGUUUUCAGAUAAGAUCAUGUGUUUCAUUUUUAUCAAAGUGAUUCGUUUUUUUAAAAGGCCCAAAUUUAAAUGCUACACAAGAUCCGAAAAUCUUAAAUAUCGUACACAUGAUCAAAAUUGAUUAGAAAGCAAAGUGAUGCAUCGAAGAGGUCUGAUUAUUACUUUUUAGUAAUGUACUACGUACGUAAUUCACAAGCCAAGCUCAUACGAAGUACUCCAUAUCACUAACUCGAUCAUCAAGUACUCCAUAUUAUUUAACAACUAACGGAGUUAAGGGUAAAAUAGCCACUUAAAAAGUGAGGUUUCAUUUUCUAAAAGUAAUGUACAACUCUCCAAGCUCAAAGUGUGUUGACAUAAAUUAAGGAUACUAACACCUAUUCCCAAUUAUAAUGUUUUUAGAUCUUAAAAAAUGGAUUCAAAGAUAUUGAGGUUUUCCUUAAAUAUUACUACGUACAAAAUUAAAGUCAAUUUUCAAAAUUUGAUUACUUUUACAUACAGACAAAAAUGUGUUUAACCAGGUCAUAUAUUUGGAAAGCAUGAUGUCACUUCCUCAUUUGCAAAGCACUAAACAAAUGUCGUUGUCGGAUAAUCAGGUGCACCUUCCUUUAAGGAGCUUGUAAACAUAAGUGGAUGCUUGUAACAUUAGCAAAAUCUGAAAAGAACUAACAGUACUCUCUCCGUCCCAAAAUAAAUGUCCUUCUUUCCUUUUCGGUCCGUCCCAAAAUAAAUGUCUUGUUUCCUCUUUUGACAAUAAUAUGUGGCUCAUAUCAAUUCAUCCUUUUCUACUCAAAUCUCAACCACAACUUUUACCUUUUCAAUCACUUUCUUAAAACUUGUGCUAACGCAAACAAGACAUUUAUUUCGGGACGGAGGGAGUACGUACUAAUCAUACCAAUCGUACUAAUCAUACCAAUUUGUAGGGCUCUCAAAGUCAUCGCAGGACGACUCAAUAUCUCUCCAACUCGGAAGCGUUUUACAAAUUGAGGACUCCACAUCCAUAUCCAAACUGAUUUUUAAUUAUCAGAUCGAGGCGGCAGCUACUCAAAAAAACCAUGUCUUCUCUUCUGGGAAACAACCCUUGUUGCCAAUGAUCCAGGCUUACUCUGACGCAUUUGAUGAUUUUGACCACUCGGAUGACUCAUUUUUUACAGAUGACUUCUUGGGACAUGCAACUGAGAGCGAUCGCCGUCCUCCUAUUUCGUACCCGGAAGAAAUAAGGAAAUCAAAAUUCAAUACCGCGAUCUGCCACAAAGCGAAUUUCAUAACCUCAGAAAAUUGUCUGCCUACCGACAACCUGAACACACAAUUAAAAAUCUACAGGAAAUCCCAAAAGAAUAAAAGGCGGCAUAGCAUGAAGACCAGAUCACAAUCAAGAGAUUUCCCAUGGGAGUAGCUAUUUUAUCUUUUUUUGUAAUACUUUUGCUCUAUUUUAGCACUUUUAAUUUUUACUUCAUGUAAUUUUAUUCUAUUUUUCAUGUUUCUCUUUGUACUCUUAUUUUAUUUGAAUAAAAUCUCCUUUUCCAAAAA